AUGUCCUGCCAGCCCUGCUGCCAGCCCUGCCUGCCAUGCCAGCCCUGCGGCCCCACUCCGCUGGCCAACAGCUGCAACGAGCCCUGUGUCAGGCAGUGCCAGAACUCCACCGUUGUCAUCGAACCCUCCCCCGUGGUGGUGACCCUGCCCGGCCCCAUCCUCAGCUCCUUCCCACAGAACACCGUGGUGGGCUCCUCCACCUCCGCUGCCGUUGGUAACAUCCUCAGCUGUAACGGAGUGCCCAUCAACUCCGGGUGCUGUGACCUCUCCUGCCUCGGCAGCCGCUACUGUGGCAGAAUUUGCUAA